AUGGCGGGCACAGAAGGGAAGAAGCUGCCGUCCGUUCCUGAAAGCCUUGUUAAAAAGCGAAAAUCUUUUGCAGCUAUGAAGGCCAGUCGAAUUAAGAAGACACUGGCACUAAAAAAGCUUCGCAAAUCAAAGAGGAAGCUCAUUUACAAGAGAGCAGAGUAUUACCACAAGGAGUACAGACAAAUGUACAGAAGUGAAAUUCGAAUGAACAGAAUGGCUCGCAAGGCUGGAAAUUACUAUGUGCCCGCUCAACCAAAACUCGCUUUUGUUAUCAGAAUCCGAGGUAUCAAUGGAGUUAGUCCUAAGGUGCGUAAAGUCUUGCAGCUUCUUCGUCUGCGACAGAUUUUCAAUGGAACUUUUGUGAAGCUCAAUAAGGCCUCCAUCAAUAUGCUGAAGAUUGUGGAACCCUACAUUGCAUGGGGGUAUCCUAACCUGAAGUCUGUACGUGAGCUGAUCUACAAGAGGGGUUACCUGAAGAUUAAAAAACAGCGCAUUCCCAUGACUGACAACUCUCUAAUUGAGAACCAGCUUGAGAAGUGCGGUAUCAUCUGUGUAGAAGAU